GUUUGUUAUUCCCUCCACGUGAUUGGUCAGCUUGUGUUAUUCUUUAGCACGGCCACCACCCACUGCUGUAAAGAGAUGGUUCGAGAAAUUUGACUGUGGUCAUCAUCUUACUUUGUCCCAAAGGCGUUUGGUGGAAGACUUUGGCAGAAGAUAACCAUGGCAGCGUGUUCGAGGUACACUUUGUACUGGGAGGAGACUGACUGCUUGAGCUACUAUGACAUGCUGUCACUUCAUGAAGUCUUUGAAAUUGUGGGUUCCCAGCUGACAGAGACCGACGUUGAAGUCUUAUCAUUCCUUUUAGAUGAAGCCUAUCCUGCCCAGCAUCCUCUUGAUCCAGAAAGCUGGACCGAAGCCGUUUUGCCAGACUCUGAUUCACCUGUAAAUUCUCCUUGCCCGCGCCUUUUGGAGGCUUGGCGCAGGAUACGCCCGAAGGGAGAGCCAAGUCCGUUUGCUCCCCGUUGUAAGCCGAAGACCGGCGUUGCGCUGUUGCUGGAACUUGAGAGACGUGGCUUCUUGAGUGAAGCAAAUCUGGAACCUCUUUUGCAGUUACUUCGAAUUCUUACACGGCAUGAUCUCCUACCAUUUGUCUCCAGCAAGAAAAGAAGAACAGUGUCACCAGAGAGACAACCUGUAAGCUAUGUGGAAAGCAGAGAACAUGCACACACAAGUUCACACUCAGACCUGGCAAACACACAAGCUUCUCCGUGGAGGGCAGGUGUUGGCUCAGCUGUCACCACAUCUGCACCAGCACGAAGGAGAAGGGGAAGAGGGCGAGGCCGAACAAGAAAGAGCAGGGAUACGUCAGAAAUUUUACCUCAGCCAGCAUCUAACAAAGUGACAUGCGACAUCCGGCUGCGCGUUCGAGCCGAGUACUCGGAGCACGAAUCUGCCCUGCGUGCCAGGGUCUCCUCGGACAAGCAACAGCCUCUGGAACGCCAGUUUGAACUGUUCAGCCGUGCCAGCCUUCUGCUGCGGGCUCGUGACCUCGGCUCCAUCGUCUGCGACAUAAAGUUCUCUGAGCUGCAGAACCUGGACGCGUUCUGGGCUGACUAUCUAAGCGGUGCGCUGCUGGAGGCACUCAAGGGCGUCUUCAUCACAGACUCUCUGAAGAGAGCUGCUGGGCAAGAAGGUGUGCGGCUGCUGGUCAGCGUCGACCAGGACGACUAUGAAGAGGGCAGAAAGUUACUGCUUAAUAAUCAGACACGCAGCACAGCAGGUGGCCCAGUACACAGGCCCUGAGACACACUGCCAAAGAGAGGAGAGAGAAAGAAGAAAAGUCCUCUUGAAUGAAUUUAACCAUGCCUGUGCAGGAGGCGUUGUGUACGGCAUCAGAGUAAAUAAAAUAAAGAGAGAUUUGAAUUGAAGUAUGGCUGAAAGAGACACUACCAAAAAGGGACAAAGUUCCCUUAGGGUAGACAUGUGUUUGUAAGCUAAUCGAUGGCACACAUGUUCAGGCCACACACAAGUUGAAAGCAGCCUUCUGUGCUGCUGGUAAUUUGUGCGCUGAUGUACGUCUUUGGUUACACCAUAUAGUGAAAUAAAGGAGACCCAGCUGAAACUGGUUUUGUAUUUUAUGUUAAAGGCAGCUGGGUAAUAGACAGGAAUUCACCAUGGUUUUUGUCUUAAUUGUUUUGAAGAAGAGGAAAAUGUCCUUAAUUAAUUGGUUUGUAACCCAAAGUGUUGUUCUGAAAGUUCCGAUUGGUCUCCCGAAAUGCUCACUAUUUGUUACCUUAAUCACAAAAAUAUCUUUACACUGGUAAUCUUUCUCUUUCCUACAAGUUGGUGUGUGUGCUCACUAUAGCAGGACACUGAAGAAAUGUAACAAUAGUAUUAGUUUUCCUGGUGGUUCUGGGUAUUUAUGGACCAGAUGUAACAUAACAUCUGUAUAAUAAACACCAGCAUUCCAAGACCCAGGUCCAAAAUAUCUGACCAGAUGCUUGGAGCCAACUGACGAGCCAUUUCUAGUGAAAGGGAUUCUUUAAACAGCUCAUUCACUUCAACAGAUGAUUCAGAAAAGCUGAAGACUUCUUGACCUUAAGUCACAACCAUAUUGAGCCUUUAUAGCAUUUUUUUUAUUAAGAAAACAUGAGUUAUUACAUAUGUCUUUGUAUCAUUUGAAGAAAAUGGAAACAAAAAGAAAUAAUCUUAGGUAGUGAUUCGUCUAUACUCUCGUCUGUCUGGUGCGUCAAAUUCUUUCUUGAAUAUCUCCUACUUUUUCCCUUCUGUUUUUGUUCAACGUUUUAAUUUAAUGAACGCAUGUAUAGACGUUUAUAUUUCAAUUAAAAAUUUAAUUCUGAAUAAAAUAUUACAAAUGA